AUUUGUUUUACAUAAGUAUUGCAUAUCGAUAAGCAGUGUUAUGUUGGUAUGAAAAAUAUGUCUAAUUCUGAGCUUGAUGCAAGGCAUUUCCAGCAAUACGAGCAACAGGAAUCUUGGUACAACCCAAUGAAAAGUCUUGGUAGUUUACAAAUAACCAACCAGGCCACUCUUACCUACAACCAGAAUGGAGUUUUCGUACAAAACAUGCCGAAUGGUCCCGAUCAACCUGAUAUGCAACACAGAGUGCAACCAGGAGUGGUCGACCAUUAUUAUUACCCAGACAGUGACCUUGAAACUAUUAUGGAAGAAUCUUCUGUACUAGAUUCCGAGGACGAAAGUGUUGACAGAUCAAUUCGAGCUUUUCCAACAAGUAGCACAUCAACAAAUGCAUCGGAUUCCGACAACACGACACGCGGUAGUGGAAGCGAAUGUCCAAGUCCAGUAAUUGGUUUACCUGGAAAACCAUCCAAUUUUUUUAAACCAGUAGAUAGUGUGAACCAAUGUCAACCUUCAAGUAAUUCUUUGAUCUCACCAAACGUUAUAAACUUGAAUACUUCGCCGCGGAAUCAGCAGCAGCCACAAGAAAGUUAUUAUAUUCCUCAACCAAAGCCGGAACCCCCAAGCAUUGGUGCCCAGAAAAUCAUAUACGCCAAAUGUCUCAGUCCAAAGGCCGACCGACAAGGGUGGCCAACAGAACCGCCAGUAAUCACCAACGAAAAGUCAAGCAUUUCAUCAAUGUUUGAAGCAGCAAAGAGCGGUGAAGUGUUUGCCCUUAAUUGCUUCUCUGCAAGUGAGCUGAACGACACUUUAGACGAGAACGGAAACACAGCUUUACACGUAGCAGCUGAAAAUGGUCACUUAAAAUGUGUUCGUCGGUUAGUAUCGACCGCAUCCCCACACAUGAUCACACUUCCAAACGAUGACCUUAUGACUCCUACAGCUAUGGCAGUGAUGAAUGGACAUACACCAUGUGUACAGUGGUUGGUGAAAUGUACAGCAGCUAGAGAAGAACUUUCUGUCUCCAAUAAAACUUCAUCCUUCGACGGCUCGACAACUCGGCCACCGUUAGCCCAUAUUGCAGCAAAGUUUAACAGAAGUGAAAUACUGGAUUGGUUGUGCGAGGAAAUGAAGGCGGAAGGUUAUACCGUUGAUACGGCUGACCAUGCGAGUAACACUGCUGUUCAUUUCGCUGCACAAUACGGACAUAUGGAAUGUAUACAGACGCUAGUGGCUAGAGGUGCAUCUGUCACCUUGAUGAACUCUGAUGGUGACACCCCAUGCCAAGCCGCUCAGAAGAAAGGUCAUGAUUGUUGUGUUGGUUACUUAGUAGUAGUGGAGACAUGUGUGUCACUUGCACAACAGGUGGUUGCAUUGAGGAAUGACGUUGAAACAUUAAAAACUGAAAAUCAAAAACUACUUGGUGAAAUGGAAGACAUUAAGUCUCCAAAUUAUCGAACAAAAGAAAAUUUGUUUGAAAAACAAAUUAUUCCGAACGGUAUCGAUCAACAGUCAUCAUCGCAAAAUCCGUCGCAUCAGCAAAUCGUCCACGAUACACGAGACACUAGUGGAAUUGAAACGAGUUCUGCUUUUGAAAAACAACUCCCACAAAUCGAUAAACCACAAAAAAGAUUCCUUCAAGAACAGCCACCGCCACCGAAAAUGUGGAACAAGAAAAACCACAAUCAAUCAAAGGAAGCAGUGGCGUCAAAUGAGCCUAACGGAUCUGCAAACACAGCAGAAUACCAGCGAAGGAUAAAUGCCGCUUUAAAUGGACCUGGUACAAGUUUGGGCAAGGAUUCUUUGUCCAAUAAUCAUCAAGCCCACGCAGCACCGAAGUUAAAUGGCUUACACAAGGAAACAAGUUCAAGUUCGGACAGCGAACAAGCUAACCGGGAAGUUGAGAUGUUAACUGAAAACGAAGUUCCUAAGAACAAAGCGUGGCAAAAGUUGUCGAUGGACGAAAUGUUAAAAAGAGUUCGAGAUGUGAGGUAUCUACCUUCACCAACUAUAUCUCACUGCACUGAGGACUCGACCAUGGAGACAGUAGAAGUUAUGAGGGAAAGAUUAGCAGCAGCUAGUCGGUGGUUCCUUGUCGAGCAAGCACGUAAUGGCGGAGGUCGACCGCGCGCACCAGCUCCAAAACAUUUGCAUCAAAAGAAAUCAAACGCAACCAAGUUUAAUCCAAACAGAUCUGAUACCAAGGGAUCAGGGAAACACGGCGGAAUGUCGAACUCCACUGCGAAAUGGGUGCUUGAGUCACAACCUGAACAGAAUAACGGGAGCAAAAUGCAAAAUGAGCAACAAAUCGUGCAAAUGAACCAUUCUCCAAUCAAACCUAAUCCCACCAGAAAUACAUCUGUCCAUAUUGGAGAAACUGCGAAUAAUCAAACCAAAAAAACCGUACCGACUGGCACUCUGAAAUUUAUGGUGAGCCAUGCAAAGGCAGAGAAGAAAAAUAACAUCUCGAAAAUGAAUUUACCCAAAACACCAGAGAAAAAAUCGUCACCAGUGUUUUCGUCUCCGAAGAGUUCUUUAUCGCAUACCCCAACAGACACGCCCCCAUCGACACCAACGUCAACCAGCACACAAAGGACAGGAAGUUACCGAAGGGCGAUCAACAAACAACCUAAAGCAGUAAACGAAUCACGUAGUAGUCCUGACAGUCUGUCUUCCAGUAGCACAAGUGUUGAAGGUACCACACGCAGCACAUCCAGCGAAGACAGAAGUAGCAAAUCAAGUAAAAGUCGUUCCAAAUCACACGCGAGAAACGAACCAUUGCUUGGCAACCAAACCAUCAACUUUCAUGGUAUAGAAGAUCCUCUAAAGAAGAAAACUUCACCAGUCAAUAACAUAAUGCGAACACCAUCGGUCCACUUACAUCAUCAGCCAACAGGCAGACAAAUUCAUCAUUUCCCAUACACGGGUCCUACAACGCACAACCAGCAAAUCAAUGAUAAACCUUCGCCUUUCAUUAGUGAGUACCGUAAAGUAGAAUUCGCUCCACACAAAACGUCACAAGUUGCAAGUCAAUCUUACGGGGAGAAAUCAAGCAACUCUGAGUUAAGUGUUGACAGAAAUGUUAAUGGAAGUUACACUACACUACCAAACCACCCCGCCAAACAAGUCAGUUUUUUUCGUCGCGUUCACGGAAAGUUAAGAUGAUUACAAAACACCGCCCAAUAUUCGUAUUGAUAGCUGACUGAUGUAAAUAGCAUUAUAUCCGUCUUAUUAACAGGCAUGGCGAAAGCUAUUUAAACUAAAGGAUUGCAACACUUUGCACUUACAUUUUACGACCUAUUACAUGUACUUGAUACACUGUUUCUUUGUAAGGGUUUUGUAAGUUUUAUAUUAUUUAAUCUUGUACAGACACUGUUCCUAAGUCACAUUUGAAUCAAUAAAACAUUUGUUUGUU